GAAACCCGGAGACAAUUCCCACUUCCAAGACGCCUCAUUCCCACGCAAACCCCCAACUCCUCUCCCCCCUAAUUCCCUUCCCUUCCUUAAUCUUCUACUUCCUCUUCUGUUCUUUAAUUUUACUAUGUCUACGUCGGAAGGAGCCCAUCGGCGCCGCCGCACUCCGGCAGCCGGCGCUGGUCGGAGAGGUCGGCGGCCGUUCGGAAGCCCCAAACCCCCAGUGCACCGCCAGACUCCGACGCCCCUCCGCCGAGUGAAGCCCCGGAAGCCCCUCAAGGUCCUCAGGCGUCACGCCUCCGAGCCGAUUUUAUGGACUGUUCGACUGCAUCCCGAAGCCGCCGACGGUGAGGCGAGCAGCAGAGGAAUGGGAGAUCGCUCCCAUAGCGAAAUCGGAUCGGCGGGUUUCCUUCCCCGGCCGUACACCUGUUCCGAUGUCUUCUCGCCGUCGCCGUUUCUCCAAUCUCCUUCGCCCUCUUCUCAACAUCCAUCGGAGGAAACGAAGGUGGUGGUGAGCGUGACGGUGGAGGGGAGCCCGGGGCCGGUGAGGGCGAUGGUGAGGCUGGGGGCCAGCGUCGACGAGGCGAUCGCCGCCGUCGUCGAUAAGUACGGCCGGGAGGGCCGGAGUCCGAAGCUGGAUCCGGAGGCUGCCACGUCCUUCCAGCUCCACCAUUCCCACUUCAGCCUCCAAAGUUUGAACAAAAGUGACAAAAUUGGAGAAGUAGGCAACAGAAGCUUCUAUCUUCGGAAGAGCUGUUGCAACAACAGUUUCAACUUCGGAGGGGAAGGAAGUGAUAUAACUACCGGAGGCAGUGAAACUGAGUUACUAAAUGGAAGAUCUGCUGCUGUUCCACCUUAUCACUUCUUCCUCUCCUUUAUUGUUAAAAGGCUAAACAAGAUCGGGAGACGAACUAGAAAGCUUUGGAGGGUGGUGGCUUGCCUGUAGUUGACCUGACUCAGCUUCCACUAAAUCCCAAUAAAUUGGGUUAGAAAUUUAUGCGUCGCACUGCUUCAGAUUGUAUUUUAGGUGACUUUACCAUUCAAAUGUAUUAUAUGAUUGAUAGAUAUAUACUGUUGAAAGCCCAGAUAAAUAGAGAUAGUGGAGAGAUUUAAUAUCAUGUACAGCAAAUACGGCGAAUUGUCAAAGGUUAAAAUGGUGAUAAAAAACAGGAGAGAGGAGCAUGAGCCUGGGACUGGCUGAUCAUAAUACAUGAUGCUCUGAUGAGGUUUCAUUGUGUUUCACUUAUACUAUUCCUUAAAUUCUCCA